UGCUGCCUCCUAGAGACCCAGACUCUGAUUGGCAAUAGAGUCCAGGUCCUGAGCACAGGCCUGGAAAGGACUAGGCCACCUCUGGGUUUCAGGCCCCUUAGGACUAUGCAGACUUAGUGAGCCUGGGCCUUGGGGAGGGAGAUAGCUUGAUGCCAAGAUUAGGCUCUGGGCAGCGAGGUGGGGAGGGGAGGUGGCAGUCUUCAGAGGUACCUUGGACUCACACCAACACCCCCGCCCCCAUAUGUGCAGCCGUGUUGCCGCCCGCUGUGCUAUGAGCAGUCAGAGCGCCGUCUCCACAAGAGUUUACAAAUGAAAAUGGAGGAAAUGUCUUUGUCUGGCCUGGAUAACAGCAAACUAGAGGCCAUCGCUCAGGAGAUAUACGCAGACCUGGUGGAGGAUUCUUGUUUGGGAUUCUGCUUUGAGGUUCACCGGGCUGUCAAGUGUGGCUACUUCUUCCUGGAUGAUACGGACCCUGAAAGCAUGAAGGAUUUUGAGAUCGUGGACCAGCCCGGAUUAGACAUCUUUGGACAGGUGUUCAACCAGUGGAAGAGCAAGGAGUGUGUCUGCCCCAAUUGUAGCCGCAGCAUCGCUGCCUCCCGCUUCGCUCCCCAUCUGGAGAAGUGCCUGGGAAUGGGUCGGAACAGCAGCCGAAUCGCCAACCGCCGGAUUGCCAAUAGCAACAAUAUGAACAAGUCUGAGAGUGACCAAGAGGACAAUGAUGACAUCAAUGACAACGACUGGUCCUAUGGCUCAGAGAAGAAAGCCAAGAAGAGAAAAUCAGACAAGAACCCCAAUUCCCCUCGAAGAUCCAAGUCUUUAAAACAUAAAAAUGGGGAGCUUAGCAAUUCGGAUCCUUUUAAGUAUAGCAACUCAUCUGGGAUCAGCUAUGAGACCCUGGGGCCAGAGGAGCUGCGUAGCCUGCUCACCACGCAAUGUGGGGUGAUUUCUGAACACACCAAGAAGAUGUGCACAAGGUCCCUGCGCUGCCCUCAGCACACAGAUGAACAGAGGCGAACCGUGCGGAUUUAUUUCCUUGGGCCCUCAGCAGUCCUUCCAGAGGUCGAAAGCUCUCUGGAUAACGACAGCUUUGACAUGACUGAUAGCCAAGCCCUGAUCAGCCGACUUCAGUGGGACGGCUCCUCUGAUCUCUCACCCUCUGAUUCAGGCUCUUCCAAGACGAGUGAGAAUCAGGGAUGGGGUCUAGGUACCAACAGCUCCGAGUCACGGAAAACCAAGAAAAAGAAAUCCCAUCUGAGCCUGGUAGGGACUGCCUCCAACUUGGGCUCCAACAAGAAAAAGAAGCCAAAGCCACCGGCUCCUCCAACGCCCAGCAUCUAUGAUGACAUCAACUGACUUGGGUGCAAGGGAUAGCCUUUGGCUGAGCAGAGCCCUCUCCCAACCCCCACCCAGGUGGCAUAGCCUGGCAUAUGGACGGCUACUGGGGGUUUGGGCUUGGGAAGCUUGGUGAGCCAGGCAGGCAGAGGAUCCAGUUAUGCGCCCCUGGGGGGCGCAGGGUCCUCUGCAACGGAGCACGACCCCUCGGCAUGCAGGACUCAGACCUGGACAUUAUGCCUUGGACAUAAGUUUGGUGGGGAGGCAGUUUUCCUAUUUAUUCUGUGAGUUACUGGAUGUCCAGCUAGGCCAGGGGCCUGACCUGGGCACUGUGCCAGGGCACUGCCUGCCUCCCACCCCAGGAACUGGACUAAGCCCUGCCGAGGGGCAUUGUGGCUACCCUGGAGGCUGUGGGUUGGAAGCUGAGCCUGGAGGGGGCCUCCCCUGGCUGCCCUCAGCAAUGUGAAUGGGUCCGGUGCUUGGAGCUGAGGGGCGGGGCUGUGCAUGUCCUGUCUGUGUGCAGUCCUCUCAUGCCCCCAGUCCCAGGGGUUGGCAGGCACAGAGUGCUGUCUGCUGAGGUAGGCGUCCAGAACUGCCGCCGCCUUCCCUGCCCCUUAGAGGGGCAGCCCUUUCCCCUCAGUCCCAGGGACCUCCUUGGCAGCAGGAGCUGUCCUUUUGUUGUUGGGUGCCAGGAAAGGGCCUCCAGCCUCCACAGCUUCAAGGAAUGGGGAGGGUAGGAAGAGGGAGCUGCAGAUCAAAAUGACUCCCCCCUCCCUGAACCAGGGCUGGCGAGGAGUGGGGCCCCAAGGUGAGAGGGAACGGUGCUGCUUUAUUUGAAAUGUUUUCUUACCUCAUUCCCUGCCCCAGGAAGGGGCCCAGCCUCACCCUCCUGGGGUGGCCCCAUAUUCCUCCUGCCUGCCCUGCCCCACCGCCCUGCCCUGCUGGGGCAGCCCGAGUUCCCAGCUGCUGCUUGCCGCCCCUUCACCUUGACCAGCUUCAGUUCCUCUCAAUGCUCCCACCUCCAAAUCCCGCCCUGUUUCCUUCUCCUUCGCCGCUCUUAAGUUAUUUAUUCCUGUACUUGUGGUUUGGGGCUCUGAGGAAAAUCCUAAUCUUGUGCCUCUCCCCCUUUGCCAGGAUGGGAAGAGAGGGUGGGUUCUGUGCCCUGGGUUGUCAGUGGAGGGGGAAGGGGUUCCAGUGCCCUGAGGGGCUGUCAUGCCAGGGUACCCACCUGCCUGGCGUACAUCCUGAAGAGAUGUACUGGCCACCUCCACACAGGCAAGGUCACACCCACCCACUGCACCCCACCCCCAGCCAAGCUGGAGGGCUGAAUGCAGUUGUAGUCAGGGCUGGAAACAGAGCUGACAGGGGUUGAAGUUGACCUUGAGCUGAGUUCUCUGGCACUUGCUGCCAUGUCCCCUGUCCUCCACUCAGGAGGAGCCACUCCCACAUUUGGGUAGCUAGUACCCAGGACUGGUUGGACUGAUUUGGGUUAGGGACCCUAGAGGGUUAAGGGAACAACAGAGAUAGGGCUCGCAGUACCCUGUCUGGAACCCCAGUCUCCCCUUGGGGUCAUUCGGAUUGUGGUUGAUGCCUGGUUACAAAUUGGUUUUUAACCCAAGCAUUGUGAUUAUUUUUCAGAAAGCCAAACCAGUUUUGGCAAGAGUUAGAAUAAAUCCUGGGGCUUGGGCUCCUCAGUUCUUGGCCCUCCACAGCCUUCUCCCUCAAAGGGGAAGCCAGAGGGAGAGGAGGAUAUCAGCGAGCCUCCAGUGGGCUUCUGCACAUGCUUGGAGUCUACUGAAGGGGAGGGGAGGGAGGCCAGGGGCCACUCUCCCUUCUGAGAGGCAGCUGCAGCUCAGGCCCUAACUCACCCUUUCUCUGGCCUCUCCCUUUUGACCUUCUGUAUGGUGGAGGGAGAAAAGAGGAGUAGUUUGGGAACUGGUUUGUCAUAAACUUCCCCCAUUGUCCCUUGACCCACCCUCAGGGCAGAGCCCCCUGCCCAGGCUGGGUAAGAGAUGGGCUUGGUCCAGCAGGGACCCUGAGGGACCCUUUCCUUCUGGGGAGAGUGCCCCCUCCCUACCGUGUAGUUGAACAGGGGCUAGGAGCUCCCCACUCCCUCUAACAGCAGGCUGUGUGGGUUUCAAUUCCCAUCCUCCCCACCCCAGCUAGGUGUCGUCCACCCUGUAUCCUAUCAUGUGUCUGAGUGUGUGUGGGGGGGUCUGUACUAAUUUCCAUGGCCGGUGGCUUUUCCUUCCAUGCAUCACUCCCCCCCGCAUGCCCAGGGGCCACCCGCCUGGCAUUACCGCAUGCUGGGGUCAUUGGGGGAGGGGGGUGGGGCUCACGCUGUCCUGUGGUCUUGAGAUUUUUAUUUUUGCAUAUGUAAUCCAUCCUGUACAGGUAGCUAACUUUGUAAACGCUGUGUAUUCCCUCUGCCCCCAUGGCUGCUGGUGUAAAUAAACUGCAUCUCCCGUUGGUAGCCUGGCCUACCCACCCUCCUUGCCAUGUUGCUGGGGGCAGAGCAAAGCCAUUCUUGUAAUGUCACAGGAGGCUUCACAGCCACAAAAUGAAACUUUAUUCAGUCACAGAUGCUGACCCACCAUCCAUGAGCCCUAGAGGCAAGGGCCUAGAGCUGAGUGAUCCAUACCCAGAGCUCGUCCUUGGAGCUGGGCAGGGCAGGAUGCUGGCUGAGGGCCAGCACUCUUGCAGCCUUAGGCCUAGGGUAGCAGCUGUGGCCUGGCCUCUCCCCAUGCUAGGAGGUUGGCCUUGUGCCCCAACCCCUUUCUUGACUGAGCACUAUAAAGGACUAUUUAAAAAAAAAAAAAAAAAA